AUGCACAUCGGCUGGAUCCUCGACCCAGACCGCGCCCUCCGCUUCGUCCACAGCCACGGGAUCUACCCCACCGUCAGCGACGAACGCGGCAUAACCCCAAAUUACUACGGCGCAUGCCUAGAGGCUCUGGCUAUUCCGAUGAAAUAUAUUGAGAGACUUGGAGAGGUUGUCGCUCCCGGAGUUAGGCCUAUGUGGUACUUGGAUAUGGAUCAGUGGACUUGGACGAGACGAUUCAGUGAAAAGUUUAUUAGAAAGAAACACAAAUCCACUCAGACUGAACCAGACGCGACAUCCGAUACGACGGGUCCCACAGUAGGAGGCAAGACCAAGACCAAGACCAAGGCGAAGGCUAAGACGAAGACCAAUGCUGAGACUGAGACUAAGGCCAGGAUCAAGCAGCCUCCCCGUCCUACCCCUGCCAUUAACGACACCGACGUCGAGCCCUGCUCGUAG